AUGGCGAACGACGCAGCGGGGAUCAGCGGGCGGCCCCGUCUGACGCGCCUGCGCACUCUCGGCCGUGGCGCGUCGGGCGCCGUGGUCUCGCUCUUCGCGGCCGGCGACGAUGAGCUGCUGGCGGUGAAGUCGGCGGGCGCCGACUCCGCGCAGGCGCAGCUGCGGCGGGAGGAGGGAAUCCUCGCCUCGCUCUGCUCGCCCUACGUUCUCUCCUGCCUCGGCUCCCGCGCCGCCGCGGGCGGCGGCGAGUACCAGCUCUUCCUCGAGUUCGCGCCGGGCGGGUCGCUGGCCGACGAGGUGGAGCGGAGCGGGGGCAGCCUCGAGGAGGGCGCCGUUCGGGCCUACGCGGCGGAUGUCGCCAGGGGGCUCGCGUACCUCCACGGCGAGUCCAUGGUGCACGGCGACGUCAAGGGCCGGAACGUGGUGAUCGGGGCCGACGGCUGGGCCAAGCUGGCUGACUUCGGGUGCGCCAGAAGCGUCGAUUCAGCGGGCCCCAUCGGGGGCACGCCGGCGUUCAUGGCGCCGGAGGUGGUGCGCGGGGAGGAGCAGGGGCCGGCGGCCGACGUGUGGGCGCUCGGGUGCACCGUCAUCGAGAUGGCCACCGGCCACGCCCCGUGGAGCGGCGUGGACAGCGUGUUCGCCGCGGUGCACCUGAUCGGGUACACAGACGCCGUGCCGGAGGCGCCCAAGCGGAUGUCGGCCGAGGGAAAGGAUUUCCUGGACAAGUGCCUCAGGCGGCGGGCCGAUGAGCGGUGGACGGCGGAGCAGCUGCUGGAGCACCCGUUCCUUGCAUCCGCCGGCUGCGGUGGCGACGUCGAGGCCAAGUGGGUUUCUCCCAAGAGCACGCUGGACGCCGCAAUGUGGGAGUCUGACGCCGACGAGGACGACGACAAUGUGCCGGAUUACACGGCCGAGGAGAGGAUGAAGGCGCUGGCAGCACCUUACUCGCUCUUGCCGGAAUGGGAGUCGGAUGACGGCUGGGUCAAUGUAUUGAGUGUCCAAUCUGGACUUCCCAAUGGCGCGGCGGCCGAAACGCCGGCCGUGUGGUCCAGCAAUGAGGAUUCGCCGGCGGCCGCACUGGCCGAGGAGUCGACGUCCGACGGAUGUUCUUGGGAUGAUGAAGGAUUAGAAGAAGAGAUAGGAGUAGAAGACGCUCUAGUCACUGGCGCUGCUGUGCCGGUGGCCGCGGAGCCGUCGGUGGAGGCGGCGUGCGAUUACGACACAUGCUCCUGGGACGAAGGAUUAUUGCUAGUAGAAGAAGCAGAAAUGGGUGGCGAAGCUUCGGACGCCGGCGCGUGCGUCGGCGACGAGCUGGCCUUGCAGAAUGUAGGAGUAGCCGAUAACCAAGAUUCAGUGAAUCAGCAGCGGGUAGAUGUAUAUUCGGAUCCCAUUAGAGAUCCGACUGUAGCUGCUGAUAGUGAAUCAAUGCCAGAUUUCCUCUACCUCUGUUCCUCCACCUUGCUCUUGCGCUUUUACUGCAAAGUCCAAACUGAAACCACGAAUCUGAACAUUUCGUCUGGGAAUCACAUGAACUCGACACGGAUGAGCACAGCGACAGCCUGCAACAUGUUCAAGCACCGUUUUCAGAAACUGUUGGAGCGAAACGUGGUCGUUGGUCGGAACCCGUUUCCGUUGCCUUGGUAG